AUGCGUUCAUUCGUCGCCGUUGCAGCAGUUAUGAUGGCCGGUAUUGCCGUUGCCAUGGCAGAGGGAUACGGUAGCAGCUACGGUAGCAGUUACGGAAGCAACUACGGAAGCAGCUACAUGUCUUAUCCUAACUACGGAUACGGAAGUGGCUACGAUACCGGAUACGGAUACGGAAGUGGAUACGGACACGGAAGCAGCUACGGCAGUGGAUACGGAAAGGGAUACGGAAAGAAAGGUGGUGUACAAGCUGUUUAUUACCCAGUCCCUUACCCAGUCCAACAGCCAGCUGCAGCUCCCCUUCCCCUGCCCCCAAUUGGUCUUGGUGCCGGUUUGGCCGCUGCUGACAACAACGAUAACGGUAUCUUCGGUGGAAAUGGCAUCGGACUUCUCGCUCUUCUUUUCCUGAUCCCUCUGCUUUUCAACACCAACACCACCACCGGUUAAAUGACCACGAGAUUGAUGUCGUC